GAAUCACAAUUUAUAAUCAAGAAAAACGGAAAUGGAACAGAGAGGAAGCAGAGUUAUGUUGAGUUCUUGUUCAUCUUGUGUCAAUGUGUUACUCCUCAUGUGCCUUAUGCUUCUGAGUUUGUCAGCUGAUGCGUACAAGAACUACACUGUGGGAGAGUCCACGGGAUGGUUCGAUAUUCAGGAGAGACCCUCUGCUAAUUAUCAGAAAUGGGCUGAUUCCAAAUCCUUUUCUUUGGGUGAUUUCCUGAUUUUCAACACAGAUAGUAACCAUUCGGUGGUUCAGACAUAUGAUUUCAAAACAUACAAAGAUUGUGAUUACGACAAUAAUGAAAACAAUGAUACAACAGAGUGGUCGGCUGCAAAUCCUUCAGCAACAUCUCCUGUUCCCGUCUCAAUAAGUGUUCCUCUUGUUAGAGAAGGUUCCAAUUAUUUCUUCUCAGGAAAUUAUGAUGGCGAACAAUGUAAAUUCGGGCAGCACUUUAUGAUCAAUGUAACACAUGGUCAGGGCUUACCAGAUUUAUCAUCACCAGAUGAAGCUGCUGCGCCUGGACCAGGCGAAUCCGGUGAUGAUGAAGUUGCUCCUGACACCAUCGUCCCAGCCAAUUUCGACCAUCCUAAAGAUAUUGAAAGUGAUAAUGAUGAUGAUAAAGAGAUACUCUAGUAGUUAUCUUUCCUGAUAACUCUAGAACUUUAAUAAUAAAAGAAACAGAGAGCAUUAGU